GAAGCGAGCGCAGCAGCAUCUGGUGCAAAGGACAAGCAAGAUCCCGGAGACGGAGCAGACAAAGCUGGCGCAGAAGACCCGACCAGCGGCUCUGACAGAUUCGAGGCGGACGUGGAGCGGAUCCUGACGGUCUUCGAGUCGGGGCAGGAUGCGGUGGCCGAACUUGCAGCUCUUCCGCACUACAGUCGUGAAGUGGAAGAAACUUCCUACGAGCAUCUGCGCGAGAAGCUCGGGCAACUCGUCCUUGCCUUCGAAACUGAUCGACUUUCGUCGGAGGACGCGGUGCAGCUGCAGUAUCCAUUAUGGCGCGCCGGCUUUUACCCAUUGGCAGUCUUGUUCGAGUGCUGGAGCCGCAGCACUGGCAUUCCAGCAGUCUUCUACACGGAUGCUUUUGCAAGCUUGGCGAGCAGUAUGUUGCACAAAAGCAUCGGCGCUGACAUUGCUGGGUUUACGACUCGCAGCCGGUACUGGUGUUGUGGGACUGCACAGCCAGGAGGCGGCAAAACCCCCGCGCUGGAGCCGAUGCUCCGCAUGCUGCGAGGUUGCAUGCAGAGACUGCCUCACUUUGCGCCAGGCAGCCCACCUGAUUCGUUCCACCCGGUGGAACCGAUGACACACGCCGCAGCCAUCGCCAAGUUCCGCGAUACGGACGGGUACGGCGUCAUUGCUGCCGGCGAGGGUGGGCCCAUGCUGUGUCCCGCGUGGCCGAGUAACGGCACGUGGACACAGAACACACAUAUCAAUUUGCAGCGACUGCUGAAUGCUGCUCAAGGCGGGUCGGUGACAUGGGAGACCGUCUUCGACAGAAAGGAUCGCAAGGCAGCUAGUGUGGAGGCCAUGGGGGGUGACAAAGCCAGCCAGUGCGAAAGCACCAACGUCACCAUUGCGCUGUUCCAGUGGGCACAGGGCGAGCUGAAAUCGAGCAUUGGGCUUGCACAACGAUUCGUUUUCUCCUUCGGUGCUGUCCGCCAACCCGGCAAGCCACAGUGGCAGCAGUUCGAAGACAGAGUCGUGAGGCCUGUUCUCGAACGCCUCUUCAGCGCUGUGCUCCAACACUUGGGCCCCAAAACUGCGAUGCAGGAGACAUCUGCGCAGAGAACGUGGCAUCUAGCAGCAAGGCUCCGAGAAGAGGUGCAUCAGUACCGUCUCGCGGCCUUUGACUGCAACAAGAGAGCGCAGUUCGGAGAGGUCUUUGCCAGUGGGCUCAACAAAAGUGUGUACUGGAUCGGAGCCACAGCCACACUCUGCAGCAUUCUGGAGGAGGCAUGGCCAUGCGUUCUGCGGGCGGAGCAGAAGCCUGUGGAGUGGAGUGGCGCAAUAUCUGAAUGCUCGUUGAAGCAGGCCAUGAUAUUUUUUCAAGAGCGAUACCUUUUCGGUCUUGCAACCUUGGACGUGGAGACCCGCCGCUUGCAGAACAAGAAAGCGCCCAGCUUCCCGGAAAGCAAAGACAAGGCCGUCCUGCUGGCCGGCCAGCUUCUUGCGGCUUUUCCAGGACCCGCGUGGAAGAUGAGGUGGUGCCAACGUCUCGGCGCACCCUUGCGAGAACUGGAGAGCGAAGAUUCUGCCCGGGCGUGUGGCGCCUUGCAAGCCUACGACAACGCCAUCCGUGUGCUGGAACUUCACGGUCUCGGUGCACGGACUUAUGACAAGGAAAAGGAGGAAGCCGGGUUUGACAAAAGCAGGUUUCAGGACUUAGCUGCAGCAGCACGGGAGUUUCUGUGGUCAUUGCGAACACCUUCGUGGUUUUUCCUGCUUUCGAGUCGAAGCACGUCAUCUCUGGUAGACGGUGCCGGGGCAAAGAAGGACGAGGAGGAUAGCGACGGAAGUGCUUCGUCCGAGGAAGAGAAGGACGUGGAGAAGGCGGCUGACAAAAGGCAGAAAAGCCAGAAGACCAGACCGCGCCGUGCCUACAGUGAGUUGCUCUUCAACGGCAGCCCGGCGAUGCCCAUCGACAACAGCAAGGCCUUGAAUGCACAGGUACGUGGCAUUCUCGCCAACAGUCAGCAUGGAGAUCGAGACGUGCGCUUGAAGCCGGUAGAACGGGCCAACGCCAUCGCCGUGGUCGGUGAGUGUUCUACGCAGUCGUGCGCCGAUUGCAGCUGGCGACUGCUGGCAACUCUGUGGUUGCAGGAGGAUGGCACGCCGUGGCUAAAUGUCAAGUGUGAUGGCAAGCAUGGAAAAAGGUCUCGACCAAAAGGCUGCAAGAUGUGGGCACCUGCCGAAAUUGCCGCCAUCAAGACGGCGCACCCAAAUGGCACGCUUCUGAGCAGCCGCAGCGUGCGAGCGGCUUUGAACGAGGCUGGCUUUACUUCACCUGUGGCGAAGGAUCGGCUGAAGCAGUAUGUGACACGAGAAAACCGAAAACGCAGAGGCGGCAAUCUGGUGGGUCAGAAGCCCAUCGUGCAGGAGCUUCUGGAGGCGGUGGAAGCGUGGUCGCGGAGGCAAGCGGCGACUUUCUCGAGUGCCUCGCUGGAGGAACUGCGAGUCGUGGGGACUCCUGAUUGUGGAGUCGGGCAUGCCUUCUUUGGAUGGAGCUGUCGCGGAUUUUUGAAUCACGCGCUCAACCCCAACAAGGCGCCCGUGUGCGUCGUCGUCGACGGCAAGCACAAGAUCACGACCACAGGGGGCGUGAUCGCUACUGUCAGCUUCCUCGGCAAGGGGGAGAUGGGCAACACCCGCCUUGCACACAGCAAGAAGGAGAAGGUGCAAGUGCCCCUGCAUACCGGAACGACCCGGCCAAUACUGCAGGCCUAUAUGGACGCAGAGUCGACGGCGAACUGGAUUCGCCUCUUCGAGCUUCUGUGCUCCGUGGUUCUGGCGGAAUGCGGCUACGACUUGAAGCCCAUGGUUGUCCAGGUCCAGUGCGACUUCAACGAUGCUAUAGAGGCAGCACGCCGAAAAGUCUUCCCGAAUGCCCGAAUUGCGAGAGACUACCCCCACAUGAUGCGGGCGGUCCAUUCCGCUGUCACAGCCAAAGCGGACGAAGAUCUACGUGGGAGAGUCAUCGCCUUCAUGCGGGAGUACCUUCACAGGCAGAAAGCAGACACCCUGAAGAAGUUUUUCGGCCUGCGCGAGAGAAGGCUGGCCGACUGCGCAAUGGACGUUUACUGGGCCGAUUAUUGGAGCGGGUCACUGGGCACACAUCCAGGGUCUGCAACAGGCAGCCAGACGCUGGAAGGCUUUCACAGCUUUUGGCAGUCUCUCUUGUCCAAGAGAACUCGCCAGAGCCCAUGCAAUGUACUUCAGAUGAUGCAAAAGCUCUUCACGGAUCACUGGGGCAGCUACAUGCGUGGAGACGGGCAGCCAGGUUCGUCACUCUGGCCAAAGUCGCCAGAGGCGGCCUUCCUCAAUGGGACAGUGCUGCAUGGACAGGGCAUGAGUUCCGCAGCAGAAUACUGGGCCCACCGACAUGCCAACAACGUGCGCGUGAUCGAGCGCGACAACAGCAAGUUCUGGGUGAUGCGCAGCCAAGCGUCCGACACAGAGACGGCUGCAGCUGCAGCGGUGCAGCAUGCAACGGCCAAGCACUUGGUGGAUCUGCUGUAUAUGUCAGAAGCAGAAGUGCGCGAAGCCCUGGAGAAGGCGAAGAUCAUUGAAAAGCGGGAAGGCGCCGUGCACAUCAGCAUCUCGGAGCUGAACCUGUUGUUCCAAGCGCACUGUGUUGUCGUGGAAGGCGCAUUGCCUGCCCAGUAUUGCCCGAAGAUACACGGCAGCCCGACAAGCAAAGGCAGACGCCUCUGCACUUGCGGCUUGUUCGUGCAGCGGGCCGAAUGCCCGCAUGUGUACUACGUGGCGGGCUUGAAGGACGAGCUAGACCUGAACAAGCUGCCUGAAAAACGAAAGCCCGGGCGUCCCAAAGCGGAUGCGGCAGGCAG